AAUUCAGGGCUUUCUACCAGAUCUUCCCUUACGGCCGAUUCGCUCACUUCGCCGCCAAUUCGGCCAUGGUCGAGUCGAUUCCGGCAGACGCCGAGACCGUCCACAUCGUCGAUUUCGACGUCGGGGAAGGCGUCCAGUCACCAGUGGCCGCCGGUGAUCGAGGCUCUGGCUCGCCUCGGGAAGAAGGUCAAUCUGACCGUCGUAGAUUGGGAAUCGCAAGCCACGGGAACGGAUCAGGACUCCGAUUGGGCGCCGGCGAUGUGGAACCUGGAGGAGGUGAAGAGGCGGACCAUUCUUGCCGGGUCGGGUCGAACGCGAUCAUCGAAUCAACCCAAAUCGAAGAUUUGGCAGGGGGAAUCAGGGGAGCAAAGCGCGCGAGCGCAUCUUGUUCUGCUUGUUUGUUCAUUUCUGGUUGAAAGUGGAGAAGAGAAUCCGAUAAUUUUCUUCCGUCUUUCAUUUUCAACGUUGCCGCUAAUUGUUUAUCGACUACAUUGACAGAAAGUAACAAUGUUGAGAAAAUUUUCUCGAGAAAAUUGGGAAGAGCUCUCAGGUUCCGCAGUUUCUCCUGGAGCAAGACAUGGCUCCUGUUCUAUGCACACAGCCGAGGAGAUUUACUGUUGUUGCUGUGGCAAAAAUGGUUGCGCAAGCUCGUAACUGUGAGCUGGGAGGAGAGGUUGGAUAUCACAUAGGCCAUUCAAAGGUCUUAUCAACCACGUAAGAAUAAAUGGCGCGUGUUCAAUUGUAUGGUGGGGCUUCCGCACAUGAGGAGGGUGAGGAGCAGGAAAUUGGUGGAGGAAUUCCUGACGACGGCGAACGAGUUGGUGGCCGAGUCGGGGAGAGGGAUGGUGACUCGGGGAGACGGGGAAGCUUGGGAGCAUUUGAAGGGUUGCUCUGGGUUCGGAUCCUUUUUGAAGGUAACAUGGUCUAUUACAGGUCCUUGUUGGAGUCAAUUGAGCUGAAUUUCCCGGAGCUGGCGGAGGCGAGGAUGGCGCUGGAAUGUCUGUUCGUGGCGCCGUUCAUAUCGUCGGAGGCGUGGUUCCUAAAGUUUAUCAAUUUUUUUUUUUGUUUUUAUGAUGUAUCAGAAGCAUCCUAAUGUAGAAUAUAAGUCUCGUGAAUCAAAACGGAAACACCACAAAGUGAGCC